GGAGAAACAAGUAUAUGGGUCUACAUCUGUGGUCAAAAAUUGUUGGACUAUGAACACACUUUGUAAAGAACUUGAUGACGGCCACUUUGCUGACUACAUAGCAAGUCUGACGCUGUAGGGAGUGAGGCUUGCAUCAUUUCCAAACUCUUUCCGAAUCUUCAGUUGAUUGAAGCAAAGGGUACAUCGUCUUUAACAGCAGACAGGAUACUCGCUCUCCAGAAAUCAAAGACAAUCUGGCAAGAUGGAAGGACUUCAGCUUCGAGUUCUGAGCACUGGAAUUCUUCUUAUGGUCAUCGGUGGACAGAAUAUUGAUCCUCCAAUGCAAAUCAAUCUCACAAUGAACUUGCCUGCGGAAAUAACAUCUCGUAAUUACCCAGCUAAGUAUCCAACCAAUUUCAUCGACACCUGGCUCGUAGUCUCUCCUCCAGACACUCUUAUCAGUGUCAAAGUCUUAGAUUUCCAGACUGAAAUACAUCAAUUGGCGGAAGAUAUUUUGCUCAUUGGGAAUGGUCUGAAUUACACAUCUGAGGAGGAUUACCUUCUUCCUCGAUCAGCUGCUGAAGGUACAGCUGGAAUGGUCCUCAAAAUGAUCUCCUCGGGAUCAGGAAUCUGGCUUCAAUUCCGGAGUGAUUUGUCAUCUGCCAAUGAGAGGGGAUUUCAGCUUCAACUAAACACUAUUAAUAAGACAGAAUCUUGUUCACAAGAGGAGUAUGUUUGUAACGAGAGAAUUACGGUUUGUUUAGAUGAAUCGGUGGCGUGUGACGGUCCACCGCAAUGUAGCAACGGAGCUGACGAAGCCUUCUGUGAACACUGUGGGGAGACAUCAAUCGACCUGUCACAGGGUGUCGUCUAUACUCUCUCAUCUCCCAAACAUCCUAACGAUUUUCCACAUGAAAUCCUUUGCCACUGGUUAAUCAAUGCUACCUCCAUGUCUUCAAUCCUGCUCUCAUUCAACUCAUUCAACUUGGAGGAGAUUGACGAUUUAUUUUCGAUUGGGAUUGGUCAUGAUCCGACCAAUGAAACCUCGACUGUAUUCAUGCGCAGAGGAAACGUCAUACCGAUCACCAUGGCGAUAAAAUCAAAUCAAGUAUGGCUUGCGUUUAAGACAAUGGGAAACCUGUAUUAUCGAAGUCUAAUGCAGGUAAACCUUCAAGAAUUUCAACCUCAAGAGUGUGCUGAUGGACUCACGGCAUGUGCUUCAGGUUUGGAAUGCAUUCGGCAAACAGUCGUCUGCGACGGAUUUCCUGAUUGUUCUGACCAAUCAGACGAGUUCCAUUGUGAGACCUGUUCAGCCGUCACGGACACGUGUUCGUGUUUCCAGCAAUCUUAUGUCUGCAAUGGGGAGAAUGACUGUGAUGACUAUUAUGACGAACUACGGUGUGCUACUUGUGGUAAUCCGUUCAUUAAUCUCACCGAUGGUACUUCAUUAAACUUUACCUCACCCAACUACCCCUCCGUGUACCCUCGAGAGGUUUCUUGCCUCUGGCUUGUUACCGCCAAACCCGACCAUCGUAUCCUCGUCAUCUUCAUUGAUUUCAAACUCAACGUGGAAACACUGUCGCUUGGCAACGGACACCACCCUAGUAACACAUCCAGUUUGAUUAUGCAACGUGCUGGAGCAACGACUCCAAGCAUGAUCACCAGUGAGGGUUCGAAGAUGUGGAUAACGUUUGAAACCUGGAAAAAGAAAAGUCUCUAUCGAGGAUUCGUACUGGAACUUUCACAAUUUGUGACAGUGGAAUGUAACAUUGGGGAGUUCAUCUGUGAGUCUGGUCAUCAGUGUGUUAUGGACUCUGCUCGAUGUAAUGGUGUCGUGGAUUGCUGGGAUUUCUCAGACGAAACUGGUUGCGCCUCGUGUGAUAUCGACAGUCUGCCUUGUAUGAAUGGCUUAUGCGUGGAGCAUGACGGGAUAUGUGACGGUUACGCAGACUGUAGAGACUAUACCGACGAAAUUAAGUGCGGAACGCUUUGUGGCGAACGCUAUGUUUUUCUCACAGCAGAGCAACCGAUAUACCGACUGACUAGCCCUGAUCUCCUUUCAGUUGAUGUGCAAUACCCACCAGGAUACUCCUGCUUGUGGAUCCUAUCGACUGAUCCACAACUACAGAUAGCUCUGAAAGUUGUGGACAUCAGCUUGAGAGGACGAGGUAAGGAUGCUAUCCAAAUUGGAAAUGGUCAAGAUCCUACUGAUUUGACUACUACUAUUGCUAUCUUGGAAGGUAAAGACGACAAAGUGCUACGAGGAAGGAGUUUCAUCUCUUCAGAAUCAAACAUAUGGGUGGCAUUGGUGGCAGAAUCGAAAGAUAUCAAGUAUGCUCGUUGGGGAAUAUUCCACUUGGAGAUAACCCGACACAACAUAUCAGGUGAAUGUGUUAAUGGAUCUUGGUGUCUUCAUGAACCAAUUUGCGUGCCGGACUCAGCCCACUGUGAUGGAAUUUCGAACUGUGGUGAUUACAGUGAUGAACAACAUUGCGAUCACUGCGGAGCGGACAUGAAAGAUGGUAUAAAUGUCACAGACGGCACGCCAUAUCUGUUAACAGCUCGUUUGACCAAUCAAAUAUCAGAGUUUCCUCUCGGCAAGGACUGUCUUUGGAUCAUCACCGCUUUCACUGGUUAUCGUAUCCAGCUCAGAUUCCUUUAUUUAAUACUCAUCUCCGAUUCCUAUUAUUUUAAUGGAAUCCUGGUUGGUGACGGCACCAAUCCAACGAAUCAAUCUAGCUUGUUCUUCAAACAUACCGGCAAGACUGUUCGCGAAAUCGUAACAUCAUUCAGCUCAGAAAUCUGGAUUGUGGUAGAGACAUAUCGAUUACAGUUUGAGGAAGGAUUUUCCGUUCAGCUGACCCAGUAUAAUGAAACAGAAUGUUCACCUGAUCAGUAUGCCUGUCCGUCCGGCUUGUUGUGUAUUGAGUUAUCUCAGCGAUGUGACGGGACACCAGACUGCCCAGACGCAGGCGAUGAAUUUGGAUGUGCUGACUGCUUAUCGGAUCAGCUGUACUGUGAUGCAGGCAGGUGUGUAGAUUUGGAUAGUAUCUGUGAUCGGAGAGAAAACUGUCAGGAUAAACUGGAUGAAAGAAUUUGCGCUCCAUGUGGUGAAAGCAUCAUCAAUCUACCAAGUGACCUCAAUUUGCCAAUGAUUUUCUCCUCUCCAUCUUACUCCAUCGCUGACUAUCCGUCUGAUAUGAAUUGUAUCUGGCUCCUAACUGGCAAGCAUGGCUAUGUUAUUCAGUUGGAGUUUGUUGACUUCAAGACUGAGGUUUACUUUGAUAAAUUCAGUGCGGGCAAUGGUCAUAAUUACACAAAUAUCUCAUCGGUAAUCUUGAAUGGGAUAAGUGGGGAAGAAGCGCCGAGGAUUCUCCUGGCUGAUGAAAGUCGGAUGUGGAUUAGAUUUGCGGCUGAUCAAAGGGUCACGGAUCGAGGAUUUCAACUGUUAAUUACGCAGGUCAAUGGAACAGUUGAAUGCAGAGAGGCGGAGACAAGCUGCCAGUCUGGUUCAGGCUUCAUGUGCUUACGUCACGACUCGAAGUGUAAUGGGAUCGCCUUAUGCCCUGAUGAAUCUGAUGAACAAGCUUGUGGAAUCUGUGGUUCGACCAUCAUCUACUUGUUUGAUACCGAUACUCACAAUCUGACCUCCCCUGGUUUCCCUUCUCAAUACCCGCCUAAUCAACCGUGUAGUUGGCGCAUCCAAACUAGUGAUAAACCUGCUACUGAGGACUCCAAUGCCUGGAGACUCAUGGCUUCCAUACAGACAUUCGACUUGGAGAAUCAGUACGACUAUCUAACGCUGUACAACUGGGACGACGAGAACGGUGACACAGGUUUGAUCGCCAGGUUAACUGGAAACAUCAAGUUGACGACAGUGGUGUCAGCUGGACAUGCAAUGUUUAUCAAGUUCACAAGCGACAACACGGGCUCGGGGAAAGGGUUUAAGAUUCACCUCCAAACUGUUAAUAAAACAAGCAAGUUCUGCACCGGUUCUGACUACGACUGCAAAGGAGAUGAAUUCUGUGUGAGCGAAGACGCCAAAUGUAAUGGCUUCAACGAUUGUCUAAGAUAUCAAGACGAAAUGAACUGCGGUGAAGUCAAGUGUCCAGACAACUACAUGUGUAACAAUGAUAUUAUCAACGAUGAGGAUUUGGUCAACUUUCAAUGCAUCACGCUUGAUAUGGUGUGUGAUGGAAGAACCGAUUGCCCAGAACGUGACGACGAAAUGCAAUGUGACAAAAAGAAAUGUCCAAGUGGCUGCAAGUGUUACUAUGACAAGAACGGGUUGACCAUCAAGUGCCUCGGCUCCUGGGAACAAAGCACAGUAGAUUAUAUAUCCAAGACAGUUGCUACCCUGAGUCUGAAUGAAGGGAAUGUGACUGUAUUAAAGAAAGGAACAUUCAAAGGAAUGAAAUCACUUCGCUCAUUAUCUUUGAGUGACAACAAUAUUGUGAGCAUUGAGACCCGCACAUUUGAUGGUCUGGAUAAUUUGACAUGGUUAGAACUUUCAAAUAACCAUAUCACAGAGCUGGAAAGCUACUCCUUUCAAGAACUCAGCUCACUGGAAGGAUUAACUCUUUGGAAUGUGCCACUUAGGUUGGUCAAGGAUUACGCAUUCACUGGACUGGAAAAGCUCCAAAAACUUGCAAUCAUCCGUGGCAUUGUAGAUGAUCCGAUGAAGGUAACAUCAAAAGGCUUUGAUGGCUUGCCAAACCUGAAAACACUGUACGUUGACGAUCAUCGCCUGUGUUGCCACUUUCCUUAUGUUACCUGCACCUCCUUAGAGCCACGCCCCCCUCUCUUCAUGUGUAGUAACCUCAUGCCCAAUGUCGCACUACGUAUCUUCAUGUGGAUCCUUGGUAUCAGCGCCCUCAUUGGUAACUUGGGAAUCAUAAUUUGGCGAUAUCGAGAGAAAAACAGCAAAGCAAGUCGACAGGUCCAUUCCUUUUUGGUUUUUAACUUGGCAGUAUCAGAUUUCUUCAUGGGUGUGUACAUGUUGAUCAUAGCUGGUGCCGAUGUGCAUUAUGGUGACGAGUAUUUCAUGAAAGCAAGUGAGUGGCGAUCCACGGUAGUGUGUAAGAUAGCAAGUGCAUUGAGCAUCUUAUCCAGUGAGGCAUCAGUCUUCAUCAUCACCGUGAUCACUAUUGAUAGGUUUCUGUGUAUUGUCUUCCCAUUUACUCAGUUCCAUCUCAGACGUCAUUCCUCCCGUAUCACUAUGUUCAUCAUAUGGUGUCUUGCCCUUUCAGUUAGUCUCAUCCCAACACUUCUUGCUGAUCAGGAAUCUAAUGUCUAUGGACUGUCCGAUGUUUGUAUUGGCCUUCCACUGCAGACCAGAGCAACCGACUUUGGAAGCACCACUGAUGAUAUCGAGAGUCCAUUCUCUAAUGAGACAUUUGAAAUUCCAGUUGCUCUGAACUAUCAACCUUCUUGGGUAUUUUCCAUUGUUCUGUUCCUUGGUGUCAACUUUCUUUGUUUCUUAGUUAUCAUGAUUUGUUACAUUGUCAUUUUCAUCCAUGUUCAGUUGUCUCUGAAGCAGGUCAAUCGUCACAUGCAUCGAUAUGAAGAAAUCAAGAUGGCAGGCAAGAUGGCAAUAAUAGUCGGGACUGAUCUCUUUUGCUGGUUGCCGAUCAUUAUCAUGGGUAUCUUAGCACAGUCUGGUGCAGUCACUAUUCCUGUUGAGACAUACGCUUGGAUUGUGGUUUUCAUUCUCCCUAUUAAUUCAUCUCUCAAUCCAUAUCUUUACACUGUAUCAUCAUGCAUUGCUGACCGUAAACGAGAAAACGUGUCCACAGCAACAACAAAACGCAUAGGAACAUUGGCAAUGACAGACCGAGUAAACAAUGGUAGAAGUGUUCACUCACAGGAAAUCAGUGUUGUGGAUUAAAUUAAAUUUGUACAAACAUAAAAAUG